CCUGUUCUACUGGAAGUGCGCCAACCGAUCUUACCGUACCCACGAAGCUCUGGCGCGGCCCGCCGGCCUUCACCGGCACCGGUACCGGCGCCGGCGCGUCCGGAACAGGCCCAUUGCAGCCUUCCACAUGCCCGCGGGGUCGCCCUCAUCGAGGCGACCCACAGCGGCGCCGCCGCACCGAGGGUCCCCAUCACUCUGGCGCUGGGUUAUCCGAGGCCGUACUGGCGCUGGCAGGAGGCGGAGGGCGCGGAUCUAUGGAAAUCAUCUCUGAAAGAUUCUUUCUGAUUAGACCUGGCUUGCUCUGACCUGAUGAGUGAUGCCCUGCUCUGUUCACUCGAUUCGACACUGUAAGUGAAAUCCAUGCGGAAAAAAUUCCUCUCCCCGCUUCUCCUGUCAUUAACAAGCUCUACUUGUUAUUUGUUGUUCCUUGGAGUGACAAAUGAUGUACAUUAUGAGCUCCUGAAUCAUUGGCACUGAAGCUACAAUGUAUAAUUUCUUGUAGCAUCCUUGUUUUGAUCCAUGUUGUCGUUUUUGCUACUCUGCACUGCACCACAAGAUACUGACAGAAUCUAACUUGUACUCCAACACCCACUGGGUCUUUACACUCCUUGGCAUUGCUAAAAGUAGGAAAAUGAUUCCAGCAGAUGUCACUAGAUUCCUUCUGCUCAGAUUCGAAAAGUUCUCGAUUGGAACCAUGUCAUGAUUUCAUCUGCAUCUCUCUGAACAACUUUUUAAACGAGACUCUAUUUUCAACGGAAGAUAUCAUGAUAACAAGACCCACAAGUAUCAGCUGGUAUGGUGUGUAUCUGCAUAUAUGUAUACCCUUUUGCUCUGAGCUUGGGCAUCGUUGGCAUUGUGGCUGCUUCUCUGCCGAAGUAUUGGUGGUUCUUGGCAAAGGCUGCUCUUUUUCUCCGGGCUUGGGGCUGCUUCUCUGCAAAAGUAUUGGCUUGUUCAAAGAGCUCCUGGGCAAAGGCUGCUGUAUCUUACAUUUGUCAUGGCACCGGAUCAAUACCAUGAGCAAGGUAACAGGAGUGGUCACAACAUCAGCAGCAAAUCCUUUCAAAGAUGUGAGGGCUGCGAUGCACAUUACUAUUGGUGUCAUAUGGAUGAUACCCAGAAGUAUUUCUUUAAGUGCAUGGUUGGCAAUUUCCAAGAUAAAAUGGCAAGCCCUCACCAUACCACAGAAGUUUGUGGAGAAUUUCGAAGGUCAGAUCUCUGAAGUUAUCAAGCUAGAAGCACCUGAUGGAAACAUAUUCAACGUUCAGGCUACCAAGGAUCUAAACAAGAUAGUCCUGGGAUCUGGAUGGGGGGUAUUUAUCAGCUUUUACGAAGUAAAAGAGGGCUAUUUCCUGGUCUUUAGGUACAUGGGGGCUUCUCACUUCAAAGUUCUGGUAUUUGAUUUUGCAAGUUGCUGUGAGAAGGAAGUGUUACACGUUCUCAUGAACUACGGUCCUAGUGCCCAAGAAAAAGACAUUCGUCUUGAUCAAUCGCCGCUGAGUGAAAGGCGAUGCCAGAAUGGUGGAUCAAGAAACGGUGGGUCCCAUCGAAGGUGCGAGCACUGCGAUGUGCAUUUCUAUUGGCAUCACAUGGAUGAUAGGCAGAAGCAUUUCUUGAGGCUCAUGUUUGGCGAUUUCCGUCAAGAAAUCAGUAUACCAGAGAAAUUUGUGAACAAUUUCAGAGGCAGGAUAUCUAAAGUUAUGAAGCUAGAAGCUCCUGACGGAAACGUAUACAACAUUCAGGUUAUCAAUGAUCUGAACAAGAUAUUCCUUAGAUCUGGAUGGGCAGCAUUUGCCAGUGCUUAUGAACUAAAAGAGCAUGACUUGCUGGUGUUCAGAUACAUUGGGGACUCUCACUUUAAAGUCCUAAUAUUUGACCCAAGUGGUUGUGAGAAAGAAUUAUUCCACAUUGUCAUGAACCACACUCCUAAUCUACAAGAAACGGGCAUAUCUCAUGAUCAGCCAUUCCUCAAAGAAACAAGGCGUCACUGCGAAUCACGUGAUUAUAACAGUAGGAAAACUAAAAAGAUGACUCCGCUGGACUCUCCUUCACCGAGAUCAGCUGAAGGUGUCAAAUCUCCAGAGGACACCCUGAAUUCAGGUGGCCUUCGGGAAACCACCAAGCCUCGCUAUGUUCUAGCAACGAGGUGCAAUCUGACUACAGCGCAGAAGGCAGAAGUCGACGCGCUUGUGAGGAAAGUUAGGCCUGCUAUUCCGUUUUACAUCACAGCCAUGAGCAAGACAAGUAUCUCUGGAUCUCUGGUCAUCUGCAAGGAUUACGCUGCCAAAUACCUUCCAGAUGGAGACCAAUUCAUCACACUCUGCCAUCCUCAUAAGAGCAACAUAUGGAUAGACAAUUUGAAGGUUAUCACUGAUGGUUCCCGCAUGCUUUCUGUUGGCUGGUCUUGCUUCGUUCUCCACAACGAGUUGCGGGAAAGUGACAUCUGCCUAUUUGAAGUAUGGAAAAGCGACGGUGACGUGACAAUGGUUGUUCAUUCUCUCGAAGGAGGUCAUCACCUACAAGGGAAAGAGCCCGAAUCUCAGAAAAAGCGUAGAUAUCCAGUUAAGGCCGAGGCCACCGAGGAUGAGGAGAGUGACAAGGAACAUGCUGAGUCCAACUACUACUACUCAAGGCACGCCAAUGGCCUGACCAGCGAUGAGCAAGAGGAUAUAUUCAGGUCAGCGUUGAUCCAACAGGGCAAUCCCGUGUACGUCGCCGUCCUGGGGAAGAAUCACGUUAAAAAGGGGAACAACUUGCUGACCAUCCCUAGAAAGUUUGCAGCAAAGCAUCUCGCGGCGAGGUCACAUGACAUCCUGCUCCUGAGACCCAACAGGGGAAAGAAGUGGUGCGUGAGGUACUACUACCAUUCGAGCUUAAGGGGUUUCAGCAACAGUCCAUGGACCAAGUUCGUCCGCGACAACAAGCUGCAGGAGGGCCACGUCUGCGUCUUCGAGCUGAUCAAAGGGGUGCGUAAGGCGACGAUGAUUGUCCACGUGUUCAGGAAGGUUGAUGGCAGGCUUGUUCUGCUGUACUAACUAGCUAGGCUCCUGCGUAGCUGUAUCCUUCUCAAUUUGUCGUUGAAUAAUUGAAACCUGUUGCCACCGAGAGCUGAACUGGGAGUAGUUUAUGUACGAGGCAAGUGCACUAAUAUGGUUCCGGUAGAACUAGUUGUUGAGCCAUACCGUGUGAAUGUUCAUUCCUGAUCUGUUCAGGCGUCACUGUGAUUUCAGAAGAUAGAGAAGUAUUUCGGCACCAUGCCAACAAAUCUAGUGCUCACUCCACUGAAAUUCUCAUGAAUGUAAGCUCAGUUGACUGAAAUUUUAUUGAACCUAAAUUGAGUAUCAGCUAGUGCAUAUUUUACUGAGGGCUGCUA